UUUGAGUUGGACAACGUUAGCAUAUUACACGUUUUAUGUAUUUUGUUUUACAUGAUGAUUAUUGUUCAUUCAGGUCACCCUAUGUUCUUUAACCAGCUUUAUGGUGGAAUGGACCAGUACACAAUGGGCGGGGCGUGGCUCACCGACGCUCUCAACACAAGCAUGUUUACAUAUGAAGUUGCUCCCGUGUUUACAGUUAUGGAGAAAUACGUGGUCAACAGAAUGUUAGGACUAGCUGGAUUAUCUUCAGGAGAUGGUAUCUUCUGUCCAGGCGGAUCCAUUUCAAACAUGUAUGGAUUGAACUUGGCUAGAUGUAAACGAUUUCCACAAGUCAAAAUGGACGGUAUGUCGUCACUUCCGCCUUUGCGGAUUCUCGCAUCAGAACAGAUGAUAAAUACGAACAUUUAG